UUCGCUAGCCAACGGCAACCAAUCAAAUGUCAGCCUUUCUGCUCGUGAUAGAACCCAGAACAGCCAGGAUAGAAAAUGUUGCGCCACAUCUGGCAAUUGCUUACUUACAUGUGGGCAAGAUUCUUACAACAUGUGGGUGCAUGGCAUGCUUCCUACUUCUACUCGUUGAGUCCUAAGGUUUCUCUUCUCACUUCUUACACGUGGGCGUCGGGACUCGGGAGUAUCUCACACCGGACAUGCUACAGCACGUGCUGCAGGCCUUCCGCAGGCUUCCUGGCCACCGACUGCUAGCUACCAUGCCCAAGAAUGUGGACCUGACUGAGCGGCGGGAUGCCCGCUCUGCCAAGACCAAGAAGCUCAAGUCGUAUGGUCCUCCAAGUCAGGUGAAACUGCAAGUGUUGGGGACAGGCGCAGAGGGUGCUCCACGGGCCCUCUAUGUCUUCACCACUACAGCUAGUUACCUCUUCAACUGUGGUGAGGGCACCCAGCGACUGUCGCACGAACGGAAGACACGUCUGGCGCGACUGGAGAAUGUUUUUGUGACGUGUAACAGCUGGAGGAACGUUGGCGGUGUGCUGGGCGCCCUGCUGACCCUCAACGAUAUCGGGGUGCCGGCGCUGACACUGCAUGGACCGCCAGGACUGAGCUCCCUAUAUGAUGACACGAGGAGUUUCAUCCAGCUGCGGGGUAUGAACGUCCAACAUCGUUCCGAUACCGACUCGGACUUUGUCGAUGUCGGGCUCAAGGUGCGUGCGGUACCCCUGUACGGGUCAGAAGUGAGACGAGAUCCGCCUCCAGCUUCAGAGUCGCCCCCACGACCCAGCGUAGACUAUUUCGCCUAUGAGAGGACCGGGGGUCGCACUACGCCCACCACACCACCCACCGCGGCCAAGUCGCAGAGAGCGCCCCAGUUUGCAACAGCGGCGCCACGGUCGAACGAAGGGGCGCCACGAUCUCACGGAGAGGGGCCAGCGGCGAGCGAAGGGUCGGUAGACCGAAGAGAAGUGGCGUACGCCUACGUUUGCACCGUACCUGACUGGCCCGGCCGACUUAGUCUGGAAAAAUGUGUUAAUCUUGGGGUGAAACCCGGACCACUGUUGGGCCGUCUAAAGGCGGGACAUAAUGUGGUGCUUGAAGAUGGAACCGUGGUUCGUUCGGCAGAUGUUACCUCACCAGACGAGCUCGGCCCUCAGUUUGUGGUACUGGAAUUACCGUCCGCAGACUUCCUCCCCUCGCUCUCAGACUUAGACUCGUCCAUUGACAUGUCGCGCCUGACGGCGGUCGUUCAUUUCUCACCGCCGGCUGUGAUGGACGAGUCCAUGUUCAGAACGUGGAGGGGAGGCCUGCCGGCGACUGUAAGGCAUAUCGUGCUUAACGAGGAGAGUCAUGGCCAUGGUAGUGAGGCGGUGCAUCGACUGCAGCAUCAGCUGAAUACCAUCGACUCGGAUCUGUUUCCGCUACUGACCGGGGACGAGGUCAACUUCGGCAUCAUCCCAGCGAACGGCGGCACGGGAGCCUCGAAUGGCACUGGAAACGGAGAAGUACCGGUCAAUAAGAGAGCUCGCCUGUCAUCAGACGCUAGCGAGCCGCCUACGGAGCCUACCGAACCACAACCGGACAGUAAAGGAGCGGGCGAGAGGAAGGAGACUGAGGGAGAGCCGGGGACGCUACUGCACCCGCCCUCCGGCUGGGGACUCAGUCUUCGGCCAGCCGCGCCGCCGGAUACCGAAGGUGUCUUGCCAGUCACACCCGAGGUAUACCGCGCCGAGCUGGCCGCCGAUGAGACGUUUGUGGCGCGGCUGGACGAGUACCGACGCGCCCGGUCUGCCCUGCCUCCGUCGGAUGAUGUGUACCCACAGACUGUAUUCCUGGGUACGGGCAGCUCGAUUCCAAACAAGAAACGGAAUACGAGUGGGAUUCUGGUGAACCUCAGUGAGAAGCAUAGCAUCUUGCUCGACUGCGGCGAGGGUACGCACGGUCAGCUGGUGCGACUCCAGGGCAGCGAGUGCGCGGCCGAGACCCUACGGCGACUGUCUGCCAUCUACAUAUCGCAUCUGCAUGCCGAUCAUCACAUCGGUCUGAUCAGUAUCCUGGAGGCCCGCCGUCGAGCACUGGGCGCCGACCACAAACCGUGUCUACUGAUGGCUCCAGCCCCCAUCACCAAUUAUCUCAACAUGUACCACACCAAGAUGGCGCCGCUCAGGGACACGUUCACUCUAGUCCACAACGCGGGCCUCCUUUCGAGCCGGUCACCGCCGCCGGACUGGAUCACCCGCCGGCUCACGGAGGCCGGUCUGACUGAGUUCACCACCUGUUUAGUGCGACACUGUCCACUGGCGUACGGUGUACGGCUGGCCCACACGGAGGGACAAGAGGUGGUGUAUUCGGGAGACACGAGGCCCUGUGAUGAGCUGGUCGAACUGGGCCGCGGCUGUGACCUGCUCAUCCACGAGGCCACCCACGAGGACGAACUACAGGAGGAGGCCGUACUGCGGGCACACUCCACCGUAUCAGAGGCCAUCGAGGUGGGAGUACGGAUGGGCGCCCGUCACGUGCUGCUCACCCACUUCAGCCAGCGGUACGCCUCGCUACCGAUGCUGCCGGAGCCGGCGCCGAACAACGUCGGAAUUGCCUACGAUAACAUGGUGAUCAACCACGGCCACCUACCUCGGGUACCCCUGCUGUAUCCCGCCCUGCGCCGGGCCUUCGCCGAAUCAUACGACCAGUGUGUUGAGCGGACAGCCAAACGACGCGACCGAAAACUGAGAGAGGCAGAGGUACUGGCUGAAGCCGAACGUACUGCGUGACGUCACUGGAACAUCGUGACGUCAGUGGUGUUAUGCUAAACGCUGUGUUGAAGCCUCCGUCGACGGUGUCAAGACUGGUUGGAGGUGGUGAAAUGGUGUAGGUUUGCGGCCGAACUAGUCGACGACUCAGUUUUACAAAGUGCGCAAUAUUGCAUGCAUAUUCUUGAUUGGCACAGACAAAAUGUGAUGGAGGGUUUGAUUGAAAUUAUUUCUUUUUCUGCUCAGAGUCGGACGAACCCGUACGAUAUGGUACUCUAAACUCUUUCGCUUGAAAUUCUGCGCAUGCUGUGCGGAUGUCGCGAUAAGAACAUUUUUGAUACGUGAUUUGACCGGGGCUAUGGGACGCCGCUGAUCUUUCUCCUCGCAUGCAGUUAGAGCGUCGUUAGGGGGCACUGUGAUACGAUUAGAGGACGCCAGAGGCGAGUGCAUGGCUCGCUGUGUUUCUAGUUUUGCGAACUUGUUAUUUUCCGUUGUUGAGUGAUCGGUGUUGAUAUAAUAUAUCAAUUUCUUUUCAGA